AUGGGCUCGAGAGCUUGGCCGGAGCGCGAAGGCGAGGCAGAGGCGGGGGCCGGCGGGGGCGGAGAGGGGCGGCGGGCUCAGCCCGGCUGGGGCCCCGCGGCGGCGGCUGUGGCAGCGGCGGAGGAGGGCAGCGGCGGGCGGUCCCGCUUCAUUCAGAGCGAGCCCCGGAGCCAGCGCGCGGGGGCCGGCUCGGCUGCCCGCGCCCCAGCCCCCGCUCGGCCGGCCCGGGACAAAGGGCUUUUGUUCCAAGCCUCUGCCCGCGGCCGCCCCCGACGGAGCUGCAGCCGCAUAAAUCAGCUCCGCCGGGAGUUGGCCCCAAACAAAGCGCCCAGGGGGAGAGGCGGGGGCCGAGGGGAGAGGCGCCUGGCAGAUGGGGGGGGGAAGGCGGAGGCGGGGGCGAGAUCUCAGCCAAGCGCAGGGAACGGACCGUCCCAGGCUGGGAAAGGGAGAGGCUGCGAGCCACAGGUGGGCAAUCCCGCCAAACUUGCGCUCCUGCUGCGUGGGGCUUCUCGGUUCCUAGCUCACCUCGGCCUCGGGGACCCUGGUGGAGGCAAGGAACGGACCGCCCCAAAGAGGAGCCCCGGUUCGGGCGGGUGCUGCUCAGGGCUGGCACGGAACCGCUGUCGCUUCCAGGCUAGCAGAAGCGGCGCGCAGACCGGCUCCUGUCUAGGCGCCCGAGCGGCACCGACGGCGACUGUCCAGGCAGGCGGGCAGCGGAGGCUGCUUUGGAGACUAGAUAUGACAGUUCAGAAGAAAAGAAACACAAAUCUUCCCCAGCCCCCUCAAGAAUCUUGGAUCUAAUUGUUUUGGAAGCUUCCUUCAAUAAUAAGGACCCCAACUGACGAAUGGCUUCUCAUCCUCUUCACUCUUCUCCACAUUCUCCCCUGGGCGGCCCUCUCAAGUACUGCCAGUCUUCUUCCUAAAGUCUUCUUAAAAAUCAGAGUUCAAAGUAAAUAGAGGGUGAGGGGACCUAACAGGUAAGUGUAUCUAAUAGGUCCCUGGGAAGUAACACUUGAGCUUGAGUUUUGAAGCUACUUUCAGUAGGGUCAUAGAAGCUGGAACAUUAAGAGACUCUAGAGAGCAUCUAAUUAAACCCCUUUGUUUAUUUUUUUUUCAGAUGGUAAAACUUCAGGCUAAAGAGAUCCCAUGCCUUGUGCAGGGAUCCAUAAAUCCUAAGGAAGGACUGGCAUCUAACCCCCAGGGCUGCUGAGACUUUAGGUCCACUCACUUCUCCACUCAAAUUUGGUGCUCAUUUAAGGUUUCUGUUUCCUCUGAAAACUGAAUAAAUUUCUGGAAAAUGAAGGGGUGCAGCUCGGUGAUCACUGAGGACCCUUGGAGCUCUCUAAAGCCCCUGGCUUUAUGACCAGCAGUUUCCAUACUGGUAUUUGGAGGUAAUUGCUAAGUAGGAGGCUCUGUUUUCUCUUGCCUAAUUGCUAACUGAGGGAGUGGAAAGUACCAAAGUAAGUGGCCUCCUGCCCAGAAAACUCCCCCAGUUCAGGUGUUGUGCUUUGUGCCCGCAGAGUAGGUGAGAAAACAGAAGCCAGAAGAUGUUUGGCAACAGGUCCCUCAUGAACUGUCACAAAGGGGUUACAGUGAAACAGGUGUGUAGCUUUUCUUCCAAAUCAACCCUUCUUCCUAACUUCCUUUUUUUUCUGUAGAAGGCACCCCCAUUCUUCCCAGGCUCACAGCCUAAGAGUCAGAUGCCUGCUCUUUAUUCUCAUCUACACCCCAUAAACAAUCAGUCAUCAGGUCCUAUCCAUUCUGUUUCCAAAAUUCUCUGUAGAUUUUCUCUACCUACUCAUCUAUCCCAUGUUCUUUACUCACUGGGCCCCUGCCUUAAUUCAGUCUCUCAUCAGUUACAAUAACCUCCUAAUAGGUGUCCUUGCCUCUAGGUUUUCUCCUCUCCAACCAAUAUACCCCCCCCCCUUACAUCUGCCCAAGUGAUCAAUUGCCAUUUAUUGUCAACUUUCUACCAGCUACUAUGCUAAUCGCUUAGGAUACAAAGAGAAAAAAAAUGAUCACCAGGAACUUCACUUUUAUCAAAUGUUCUUAAGUGUAGUUUUAUAGAUGAUUUAUAUUUGUUUGCUUAAUUGUGUGAUCUUAUUUUAUUUUUUCCCCAUAGCAGAGUACAGAUUGCUUGAGGCCAAAAGCUAUUUAACAUUUCUCCCCUGAUUUUUCAAUGACUAAUAAAGUGCCUGUCACACAGUAAGUAUUUAAAAAUGAUCCCUGGAUUGAGUUGAAAUAAACAAACUUUGGGUAACGUUUCAAAUUUUGACGCUGUUCCAAGCUCGCCCUAAUUUUAAACCUCACCCAAGGACACAGAUGCUUUGUCCCGGCUCUUGGGCAGACUUAACAACCAUCCAAAAGAGGAAAACCUUCAUCCUGGUCUUACAAGGCAGCAUGCACACUUUCCAGAGAUCGGUUUGCAGACCUUAGGAAUGCAGCCACCCUUGAGACUCUGCAGUGCUACAAUUAGGAAAAAGCAUUGGAAUUCAUAAUUCCCAGGAGGACUGUGGGUCUCCAAGCAGGCUCAGCAAUCAAGACAAACACAGGAUUGGAGCAGGGCGGUUCAGUGCAACAGAGCAGUCUUUUGGGGCAUCAAUUUUCAAGUUGGAUUAUAUAAAUCCAAAGUGGCACGUUAGUCACAAUAUAAAUUCAAAUGAGUAAAUUCAAAUUCAAAAAUCAUCACUAGGGAAAUGUUAACAACGAAAAAUGGCUUUUAGUAAAAUUGAUAAGGUCAAAGCCAUUUUCUCUUCAAAAGCAUUUUAUUUAUACCCUUUUCUUUCUUUCUUUCUUUUUUUUACCCAAAUGUGACUUCCCAAUAACUACCUCUCUUCAUCAAAUACACAUUCCUUGUAAGAAAUAAAUACAAACGAACAAAAUGACCUGGCUCCCCAAAGGCUUGCCUUACUCCACACCUAUGGGCCACCAUCUAUUUUUUGGCCAUCAGUCCUCUGAAAUCACAAUUUAAUUUUCUUUAACCUUGUUUCUUUGUGGUGUCUCUCUUUGCUCUUCCAGAGUAACUGAGUAUUGCAGGGGAAUAAAAGGAGGUUUAUGGAUCCAGUUCACGUUAUUCUUCAAUAUUAGAAGACUAUUGAUCCACUGUAUUCUGAAAUGAAGCAAUGUGUUCUUCUUCAUUCAUAUCCACACAAACUAAAUUCUUUUCUCAUCUACACCACUGAGAACUUCAUUUCCAGGGUCACUUUUUUCUGUGACAUCUAUUUUCUCAAUCUCUCAGCAGGGCUCCUCAACUAUUGCUAGAGCUCAUUUUGCCUGUAACUUUUCUCCUUAGUCCAUUAUCUGGAUUCUUCCAAUCUAUAUGCAUCCCAAUUGCUUUCUCCUUCCUCACAUAUCCUCGAGGGCAGAAUCUGCUAUUGUUUUAUUUUCUGGGGGAGGGAUCCCUUAAGGCGAAUUAAGAGUCAUGGUAGAUUGGGUCAUGCCCAAUGGCAGAGAGAGUUAUGUACCCAUCUGAUUGUACAAAAGCAGGAUAUGAACCCCUCUGUCUAUUGGGGCAUGUUACAUGUUACCUUGUCCAUAGUAAAUAUCUCAUGUGUGUUUGCAUUAAAGAAUUUCUCAAUUCUAAAGACUAAGACAAGGAA